AUGGAUACAGCAGGCGACUCCAUCGGGGAGAGUAAGCCGGUGUGUCAGUGCGCGCCCAGGUCCGCCGUCCGGCGGUGGCUGCCAAGUUACCCCGUUGCCGUGUGUUUGCUGUUGUCUUUGAGCUCCAUCACAGUGUGUCUUCUGAUGAGCUUCAAGACCUACCAGCUGGAGAGCCGACUGCAGAUGGAGAUAGACAAAGUCUCCAUCUUCCACCCGCCGCACAGUGCCUUUCUGAACGAGGAUGGGACCCUAAUUCCCGAGCUGAGCUCCUCAAUUGGAAAGCUCGUGGAGGAGAAAGUGGUGGUGAUGAUGCCGAAAGUGCGUGCAGCAAGGGACGUUGGCCAAGACUGCUCCUGUCCCCCAGGACCUCCAGGAAAACGUGGAAGGAUGGGAAGAAGAGGGGAUCCUGGACCUCCUGGCAAGGCUGGACGGGAUGGAUAUCCGGGUCCACUUGGCUUGGAUGGCAAACCAGGUUUACCGGGCCCCAAGGGAAGCCAGGGACCAGCGGGACCCAAGGGAGAUAAGGGUGACCAGGGAGACAUUGGGCCAAGGGGUCCUCCCAACUACAACCCAUAUGCAGGUCUACACAGUAAUCAGAUUCUCACUGUCAAGGGUGACCAGGGCCAGGCCGGACCCCCAGGUCCUCCUGGCCCCCCAGGUUCCCCCGGGCCCCGAGGCCCCCCUGGGAACACUGGCAAGGACGGCCCCCGUGGCCCUGCUGGAGAGACGGGAUUUCCAGGUCGAGACGGCAUUGAGGGACAGCAAGGCCUGCCUGGAAAGCCGGGAGAAGAUGGUGAGCCAGGCUAUCCAGGACCACAGGGUCCUCCGGGGGCAAAGGGUGAGCCGGGUACAGGAGAGAAAGGAGAGAGAGGCAUGGAUGGACUUCCAGGAUUCAAGGGAGACAAGGGUGAGAUAGGAGAGCAAGGACUGCAGGGACCCAUGGGUCAUCCUGGUGAGAAAGGUGCCCCAGGCUCCUCGGACAUCAUUGACUUCAAUGGGAAGUUACUAGAUGCCUUCCAGGGCCCACCUGGACCACCUGGACCCCCAGGACCUCCAGGGGAAAAGGGCGAGCUUGGUUUACCUGGCCCAUCAGGAGUUGAUGGAGAGAAGGGACCUAAAGGUGACAUGGGUGAGAAAGGUCCAGCUGGAGAACGAGGAGAAAAGGGAGAGAUGGGGCUCUCUGGGCCUGCUGGUGUGGACGGACAGAAAGGAGAGAAAGGCGACUGCAGAUUGGAAGACAACCUGGUUCAGAUGAUUUCCCAGCCAGGCCCACCUGGCCCACCAGGACCUCCAGGCCCCCAAGGAUUCAUGGGGCAUCAUGGAAUGCCUGGACCCAAGGGCGAGCCUGGAGAGGGAGUUAUGGGAGAGAAGGGAGAUAGCGGUGCCCCUGGACCCAGGGGACUGGAUGGCCCCCAGGGUCCUCCUGGAUCCACAGGAUUAGUAGGGCUUCCAGGUGCCAAGGGAGAAAAGGGCAAAACAGGGGAGCCUGGAAUGGAUGGUUUCCCAGGCCUAAGUGGAGAAAAGGGUGACCGAGGGGAAAAAGGAGAGAAGGGUGACAGGGGAACGGUGGGAAAGAGAGGUCUGAAGGGCCAGAAAGGAGAGCAGGGGCCUCCGGGCCUGGACCAGCCUUGUCCUGUGGGUCAGGACGGUCUGCCUAUACCAGGCUGCUGGCACAAGUGAUGACUAACCAGAAGCAUGAUGUCUGUACAUAUUGAUAUGGUAUAUAUUGCAGCUGAAUACUACACCAACUUUUCCACUUUUUACUUUUUUUUAUAAAAACAUUUUAUAUAAUAUAUUGAGAUUUUUUUUAACAAGGACAUUUUUGAGUCAACAGUAUUAUCAACACCAGAUGUAUAAGACUUUUUUUUUCAACUCAUAAACUCUUGAGAUCCGGCGAUGUUGAGGAUGAAACUUUAGCAGAGAGGAAAUUGAACUGGCGGUUAGAUUCCUACUCUAAAGGACAGUCCACGUGUCAGUGUUGGAGAGGAAGAAUGCCCGGACAGCGCGGUGCUGUAGCUGCCUUAUUAACAAAGUCCGACUUUGUUGCCUGACUGUGGUCGUGAAUGCUGCAUGGGAGUGGCGGUGUGUGUGUGGGGGGGUGUGCGUACUCACCCAGUCCGUUGGAAGGAGCUGGAUGGACAGAUCUCUUGGUGUUGGCAGAUGGAGGAGUGUGGGUCACUGCUGUCUUCUCCUCUCUCUGUUUUCCGAAAGGAGGAGAUGGCGAGGCAGAAGCUCAAACGCAAGCGUCUCUCUCAGCCCUGAGGGGGACACAGGGCCCGGUGGACAAAGGAGACGUAGACAAGACAGUGAGCACGGGGGCCAGGUUCGCCUCUGUGAAGCAGAGCAAGCCAUGUGAUGCCUUUGUGUCAUACUGAACACUCAGAUCCUCCGUUACGGAAAUUUUCCAGGAGGGGGCGCCAGAGAACACUGCAUUUCUACAUUCACCUGAGGAGAAAACACACACCCAUGGCUGUUGGUGUUACACAAUAGCUUGAUAGUCAGUUGAAGUUAUGCGAGGGUCAUUGAGGUCACCGGCACAUAGGGAAGGAUUUACGGUACAGCAAACAUGUUAUGGUGAUCUCUUCUGUUGCUCUUUUAUUAAGGUUUUCACUAAUUAUGUGCAUGAUCAUGACAAGGCAUAGUGUUGUUUAGCACCCUGACAGCCUGUAUGACUUGUGGUCUCUCAUUGAAACCUUAAACUACCGUUGCGUCAUUUUUAUUUGCAAUGAGCGAUCUCUAACAGUCUUUCCAUUUGAACAAGCCACUCCGUAAGGAUAGUAAGUCUACCAUUUCUUUAUGACUUACACUUCUGGCAGUGGUGACUUGCGUGUUGUUUUGUUUUCUUCUAUUUGUUUUCUUCUAAUCUAUUCUUGUCCAGUAACAUUUUGCAUUCCUGUGCAUGGACAUGUUAAUGUAAUGUAUACAAUAGUGAGUGUUAGAAGUGAGGCCAGAUUUGAAGGAACCAUUGACAGUAUUCAUGAAGAUGCAGUAUUUCAAUCAGCAGACUGAUCAACUCAAUAACCCAAAGUUGGUUCUGUUUUAAAUAAUUUGACAAAUAAUUGCCAAUCGAAAUAAUUUGCAAAGAAUUUUCAGCGUAUUUAAAUGUUUUAACUAUCUCUUAAUCAUAGAGGAAGACAGGAUGAAUUACUGUUAGUAGAUCCUCUGAAUGACAGUAUGAGUUCGUGCUGCUGACUUAACUUUGUGUUGUUUGUUUGAUGAUAUUUUUUAACCAAUAUUAGUCAUUUGAACUACAACGUACAGACAAAUGUUUUAAAUAUGAAACAAAUGUAAACGGCGAAACCAUCAUCUUGUUAGUAAUAGUGCUCAUUUUUACUCAGCAAUGCAGCUCAACACAGUGGUUCUUAAUUGUCAUAAUGCAUUUUGUUCUGUUUUGUUUUGUUUUGUUUUGUUUUUCAAUUAUCAUGGCAGAUUUCAAUUUUUUUAUCAGUUAACUUUUAUUGAUGUGUUUUGUCAUCUAAUACAUUUUUAUUCUCAGAUGGAAUAAUUUCUUGGUGCUUAUAUACUUUGUUUAUUUUAUGUAGCUGUUUCAAGCUGUUAGCUAUCUUGCACAUAAACAUGCAAAUUAUGGCAGCCACACACACACACACACACACACACACACACACACACACACACACACAUAAAUAGUAACCUAGGAAUUGUGUGACAUAGGAAUAAAAAAGUUGCAUUUGGCUUCAUCAGUGCAUCAAAAAGUAUUUUCAAAGUUUCAUGGAAUCACUAUUUGGUUGUUGUUUUUAAAUGGAAAAGAAUAAAUUAACAUUAAUGGAAUUUUUUCUUUAAAUUUAAAAUUUUAUGAGACAUCAGAAUGGGUUUUCUAGAUUGAUAAUAGCUGCAAUCAACAAAUAUAAAUCACUCACAACAUGAUGGUCACAUAAAGGGAAUUAAUUGUUUAACUGUAUUAAAUCUAAUUUUAAGUUGCUGUUGUGCUAUUUCACCUGAAUUUUUCCCUUGCUCUGAUCCAUUGUGCAAGCAAGGCCUUAGUAUGUAUGUUUGUAUGUAUUUUCCUUCUGUUUGAACUGACGAGCAGUCGGGAUCGAGCAUCAGUUUUCCUCAAACAUCAACAUUCACGCUGUUCUGCCGAUUCUCAUCAAUAGUUGCAAACAUCCUUGAAAAUUAUGGCAAAAAAUAAUACCAGAGUCUUUAUCAGGUUUGUCUGCGGUGGGUAACAUGAUGAUGGCAGUCCAGUUCAGCCAAAGUAGGUGGUUAACUCUUCAUGAACACAAAUGGGUGUAAUAAGUGUGUUAACAAGUAAAAGUGCAAAUUUCCUAUUUUAUUUCAACAUGAUGAUGCUGGCUUCAUUUACAUCCAAGGUAGCUAUUACACCAUCUAAAUGCUUGCUCCAUGUUCACCUCUAAUCAGGCCAAUGGUUCAAAGGGCAAAGUAAUAACACUGGUUUGGCUGACAGCUCACUCCACUCUGGAAAAUGCACACAUUCAAAGAGCUGACUCCCCUGUUCUCAAUCCAGGCCAGAGCCAGUUCUCUUUAUUAGGAACUGAAGGCAAAGUCAGUGAGCAGAGUACCAACUUGUCAGCUUUAUAUUCCCCAAAACAUUUUUAUAUGUAUCCAAAAAGUACAAAAGAUGGAUAACUGACAUCACACAAUUUAUUUUGACCUCGGCUGAUAAAUCUGAUAGACAGUCCACACAACUAAAUUUUCUCAUUUAGUAAGGUUUGCUCAUCAUCAAACUCAUCAUGUAUUAAUAGACAAAUGAGGACCCAUGUAUAGAAAAUAAAAGUACUGUUGAAAUGUUUUGCAGAAAAGUCUGUAAAUGAGUGACACAUCCCUGACAUAUGACAGCUGAUAUUCAAAUGGCAUUGUGUAUAUGAAAAAAUAAUAUCUUGAAGGACAGAAAAAAAAAAUCAGAAUCAGAAUGAGUUAAACCCAGACAACACAGUUUUUGAUAUGGUUUUGUUGGAAGCUGAUAGUUAUCUGACACUUACAUUAUAUAUGUGUUUAUUUCUUUUGCAGAUUCUAUCAGUUUCACUUUGAAGGCAGAAGUGCCAUGCAUAAGUGGCACAAUAUCUGAAUACAGUUUGGUGUAUAUCACAGUAUUAGCUUGACUUUGUGAGAAUGUUUAUUUGGUUGUGUAUUUGGUUGUAAAAGAAUUAAGCUAUUUUUGUAAUUACUCGUCUAAAUAUGCAUAACAGAAAAAUCUGGUCAACUCAAC